GUUUGAUCUGUGAACAUUCACGAAUCGUUUUGGAAUUCCCAAGUUUUCUGUGUGGCUCAAAGAAAUCAUACCUCCUCAAACAUUUAGGAUACCCAUACAAAUUCAUCGGCUUUAGAAAAAUGGCUCUGGUUCUAAGAUACCUCUACACCAACAUUAAUUAUCUCUUUAAUGAAUAUCAAGAUCCCAGGACGAAGGAUUUUCCAGUUCACACCCUCCCUAAGGUAUUAGCCAUUAUAGGGGUCUAUCUGUAUUUCAUCAAAGUUUGGGGACCAAGAUUUAUGGAGAAUCGAAAGCCCUAUGAACUUAAAACUAUCCUCAUCCUUUACAACAGCCUCCAGGUUAUUGCCAAUAUCUGGCUAGGAAUCUAUGCAACAUACCAUUCAUAUUGGCGAGGGGGAUGGAAUUUUUUCUGUGAACCCAUAAAGAAAGAUUUUACCGAGCAAGGUUAUCGAGUGGCAUUCGUGGUCUACUGUUAUUACCUGCUCAAAGUGGUGGAUCUCUUUGAUACUGUUUUCUUUGUAUUACGAAAGAAGUACAAUCAAAUCACCUUUCUUCAUGUCUAUCAUCAUGCUAUAAUGGCUUUUGGUACGUUCAUUGCGUCAAAAUUCGUUAUUGCUGGCCAUGGAUCGAUGCUGGGAAUUGUCAAUUGCUACGUCCACUGCAUCAUGUACAUGUACUACCUAAUCUCUUCGUUCAAGCCCGAUAUGAAGAAAUCACCUUGGUGGAAGAAGCACAUCACUCACGUCCAAAUGAUUCAAUUCACCUUCCUAAUCUUCCACUUUGGACGACCACUAGUGAUGCAGGACUGUGACUACCCUCAAGCAAUGUGUGCUAUCUGUUUCCUCCAGAAUCUCUUUAUGCUCCUACUUUUCUCCGAUUUCUAUCGCAAGGCGUAUCUUACGAAGAAAAAAGUAAAUUGAGGAAGAAGUAAAGAUCUAUUGUAAUUUUGUUGACUUUAAUCCUGACCUCCAUCCUUCCUCAAUUGAAUCAGGCUGUAUAAAUACUUCUGAGAAUUUUUACAUGACCCACAAAGUGCGAAAAUGCGUACAAAUUGCGACAUAAGCAAAUGCCACAAUUUUCCCUCAAGUUUCUGUCUUCCUCCCGAUUUUCUAUCCUAAUCCACACAAUACAUGGAAAAUAUUCUUCUACGAAAUGCAAUUGUCGUCAGGCAGUAUUACGAAAAAAAAAGAACGUUGUACAAGAAAAAGAAACUUGGAACAGAGUGACAAAACAUUUAUGCAAAUUUUCCCGCGCAUUUUCUUAGCUAUAUACACCAUACACAUUUGCACGAUAAGAAUUACCUAGCAAUUAAUGUAGAAUUUUUUCUCUCCUUUUCCCACUCCUUCAAAACUUGGCGUCUUCCUGCUGCCCAAGAACGAGUGGAAAACACCGACACAAUUCUUUUUAUUUUCUUUGUCGUCAGACUUUUAAAUUAAGUACCUAAUCGCAAUCUAUUGCUCGAUCUCCAAGGAUAUAGCAAUGCAAACCAAUUGAUUUUUAAAUUUUUAGAUAAAAAUUAUUAAUAUGAAGAUUGAUCGACUUAAGAUCCUUAAUAAAUGAUACUUAAAAAUA